AUGGAAGUUUCACGCACAAAGUCACUGAUGGGAACGGCAACUAGAAAUCAUGUUCUUAGAGAAAUGGAAAAUCAUUUCGUCCCUGCUUUGAGCAACUGUAUAAAAAUAGUGCAGCUGAAGAAAAUCCAUGCUUGCAUCGUCAAGCUAUCGUUAUCACAGAGCAACUUCUUGGUGACAAAAAUGUUAGAUGUAUGCGACAAUUGUGGCGAUACAGAUUACGCUGCCCUGCUUUUCCAACAACUAGCUGCGCCAAACGUGUUUUCCUACAACGCGAUCAUCAGAGCCUACUCCCACAACCACCAAUAUAGACUCGCAAUCAGUAUGUUCAAGCAAAUGAUGAGACAUCCACGGAAAUUAGCAGAAAAUCCUAUUUCGCCAGAUAGAUUCACAUUCCCAUUUUUGAUAAAGUCAUGUGCAGGUCUUUUAUGUCAUUGUCUUGGCCAGCAAAUACACGCGCAGCUAUGUAAGUUUGGGACCGAUUCCCUUUGUAUAACGGAGAACGCAAUGAUAGAUAUGUAUACGAAAUGUGAUGAUUUGACUAAUGCAUACAAAGUGUUCCAGCUAAUGACUGACCGAGAUGCAAUUUCCUGGAAUAGCUUAAUCUAUGGACACGCACGAUUGGGCCAGAUGGAGAGUGCAAAAGCUCUGUUUGACGAAAUGCCUUGUAGAACAAUUGUUUCUUGGACAACAAUGAUUACUGGGUACGCUAGAGUUGGCUGCUAUUCUCAUGCAUUAAAAUUUUUUCGCGGAAUGCAGAUGGUUGGUAUUGAACCAGAUGAGAUCAGUAUCGUCUCUGCUUUACCUGCCUGUGCACAUCUAGGAGCUCUUGAGGUUGGGAAAUGGAUACACAUGUACUCUGAUAAGAAUGAGUUUUCCAAGAAGACUAGCAUUUGCAACGCACUAAUUGAAAUGUACAACAAGUGUGGUUGUGUUGAUCAAGCUCGGAACUUGUUUGAUCAAUUAGUUGAGCGGGAUGUGAUUUCUUGGAGCACCAUGAUUGGAGGACUGGCCAAUAAUGGUAAAGCUCAUGAAGCACUCGAACUCUUCAGAGAUAUGGAGAAAGCACAAGUGGUUCCAAAUGCAAUAACUUUUCUAGGAGUCUUAACAGCCUGUACACAUGCAGGAUUAUGGAAAGAGGGAUUGAAAUGUUUCGAUUCAAUGAGAGAGGAUUACCGUAUAGAGCCAGAGGUAGAGCACUAUGGUUGCUUAAUUGAUCUUCUAGGACGCUCGGGACGCCUUGCUCAGGCUCUAGACACGAUAAUGAAGAUGCCAGUAAAGCCAGAUUCGAGGAUAUGGAACUCUCUUCUAAGCUCUUGCAGGAUUCAUCACAAUCUUGAUAUCGCUAUUAUUGCAAUGGAGCACCUUCUGGAGCUUGAACCAGAUGAAUCUGGGAGUUAUGUUUUGCUUGCUAACAUGUAUGCGGAGCUUGGAAAGUGGGAAGAUGUGUCUAGCAUUAGGAAAUUCAUACGAAGCAAGAGAAUUAAGAAAACUCCAGGAUGCAGUUUGAUUGAGGUUGGCAAUGUGGUUGAAGAGUUUGUAUCAGGCGAUGAUUCAAAGCCCUUCUCAAAAGAGAUCUUCUGGAUCCUCGACGUGCUGGCUCUGCAGCAAAACAGAAGUAAUGACGUGAUGGAAUAUGAACUGGAGCACACAGAUGGAGCUUUGCGUUCGGCUGUAAGUUUCAGUUUUAAUGGCGUCUCCUCUUCUAGGAGUAUUAAAUCGAUGAGAAGUAACCAUAAGAUAGAAAGCCAAUGUAUGAUUUCAGAAGGAACUUCCUAAUUUGGAUUAUAAUUUCCGAGGUCACCUUGGAUUAUCCCCAAAUGGAACUAAAUUUCAUAGAACAUACUUUUUUCUUCGUGGAUCAUAA